CGCCGCGGGGCAGGGAGGGCCCUCAGUCGGGCUCUGUUCUGCGCCCCCCGCCCAGGAGGGGCGCCGCGCCUGUCCCCCAGGAGCCUCCCUCUCUCCUCGUCCACCUCUGCCAGGAGCUAGCGCCACGGCUGUGCGGAAAAGCCAUGGGAGGCGAGACCUCGGCACCUGUUCAGCUGAAAUCAAGGGCUUACAGUAUACUAGGCAGUCUGGCUUGGUGGUAGGAGCAAACGAAAGGAAAGGAGAAGCAAGCAAGAAAAAGUGAGAGAGGAUUGCAGCGACCGCCGCUACCGGGAAAAAAAAAUAAAAACCCAAAGAAGAUAACUGGGAAGGAAAAGGAUUUUCAUGGCGCAGGCUGCAGAGCUAAGCAAGAAGACUGAAGGUUGCAUCUCUGCUCUUACAGUCUCUAACUGUCUAGGUCCAGAUAAUGAGAGAUUGUGUUGAGGAUGCUGCUGCUGCUCCCCCGUUCACUGUGGAAGCCAUCUCCAAAUUAGCCAUUACAUAUGGAAACUGGAGACCAGAAUUUUAGAAAAAGGGAUUAAGGCGUCUCGUUUUGGGGGGGGUUCUCUAUUUGUUUGUUUGUUUUUUCUUGGUUCUUUUCUCUCUUUUUUUUCUUUUUUCUUUUUCCUUUUUUUAUAUUUCAACCAGAACGUUUCUGAUUUAAAAGGCAAGCCUCUUCCCGUGUGGUCUUUCUAAUUUACACUCUUUUCCGUGGGCUUUCUUACCUCCCUUUUUUGAUAUCUAUCUCUCUAUAAAUACCCAUUAUAUUAUUAGUCGGAAUUAUUAUUCUUUUAUUUUAUUAAACACACACACCCCAAGAAUCAGAAGGCGGUUGGGUAUUUGUAUAAUGAAGAAUUAUGGGGCUCUUUGACAGAGGUGUUCAGAUGCUUUUAACCACCGUUGGUGCUUUCGCUGCCUUCAGCCUGAUGACCAUAGCUGUGGGGACCGACUACUGGCUUUACUCCAGAGGGGUUUGCAAGACUAAAACUGUCAGUGAGAACGAAACCAGCAAAAAGAACGAGGAAGUCAUGACCCAUUCUGGAUUAUGGAGAACCUGCUGCCUGGAAGGGAAUUUUAAAGGUCUGUGUAAGCAAAUUGAUCACUUCCCUGAGGAUGCAGAUUAUGAAGCCGAUACAGCAGAAUAUUUCCUCCGGGCUGUUAGAGCCUCUAGUAUUUUUCCGAUCCUGAGCGUGAUUCUGCUUUUCAUGGGUGGACUCUGCAUUGCAGCCAGCGAGUUCUACAAAACCCGACACAACAUCAUCCUUAGUGCCGGCAUCUUCUUCGUGUCCGCAGGUCUGAGUAAUAUAAUUGGCAUCAUCGUAUACAUAUCAGCCAACGCUGGAGACCCCUCGAAGAGUGACUCCAAGAAGAACAGUUACUCCUAUGGCUGGUCCUUCUAUUUCGGGGCCCUGUCUUUCAUUAUAGCUGAGAUGGUGGGAGUGCUGGCCGUCCACAUGUUCAUAGACCGGCACAAACAGCUGCGUGCCAACGCUCGUGCCACGGACUACCUCCAGUCCUCUGCCAUCACCCGCAUCCCCAGCUACCGGUACCGCUAUCAGAGACGCAGCCGCUCUAGCUCCCGUUCUACUGAGCCUUCACACUCCAGGGAUGCCUCUCCCGUCGGGAUCAAAGGGUUCAACACCCUCCCAUCAACGGAGAUCUCGAUGUACACCCUGACCAGGGACCCACUGAAGGCUACCACCACUCCCACCGCUACCUACAACUCCGACAGGGAUAACAGUUUCCUCCAGGUUCACAACUGUAUCCAGAAAGAGAACAAGGACUCUAUCCACACGAACACAGCCAACCGUCGGACCACCCCGCAGGUACAUGCAGCCUGCGCUGACGCAGACCCGCACGGGAGCCGGCCACCCACUGCUUUGCCUUUGCGUGUAUUUACCUUCCCGGCCCCGGUCCCGAAUAGCUGCAGCGAGCCCCCAGCUCUGCCUCCGUCGCUGGCCCUUCGCGCCCCCUCGGCCCGGAGCCGUGCCCAGGAGAGGCACGAAGCCGCCGGGCUCCUCCGCACCUGCUCCGUUGCCUCCUCAUCCCCGCCUGAGUCUCUCCUGCUGUGGGUUUGAUCCCCUCAUGGCCUGAUUUACAGCAGCAAGGGGGAAGUCAGGCCCCUGCCAUCGGGGCCCCCAGCUGCAAACCUGCCCCGACACCCCGCCAUGAGCCCCCUCCCUCCAGCAGUGCAGGGAGCCAGCCUGGCACCCAGCACCAUCACCUUGCCCAGGGGAAUGAGGUGCCAGGGGUCCCAGAAACCACUGUUAAUUCAGCUCUCUGUUGAAUGUUGCUACGGGGACGUGGAGAGGGCAGUGGGGAGUGAACAGCGAAGGCAGGGGAGAGGAGUAUCAGCCUGCCUCUGCGACACCCAGCAAGCCGCCAGCUGGCACAGGGCAAGGACAGGCCCCAGGGGUAGCUCUCAGCAGCACCUCGUUGUCAGCCACGCACCUGGGCAGGUGUGAGGCUGAGGGUCUGCAGGAUGAGGCCACCAAGCCGUUCAGCAGCUCAGACCCACUUUUGUGACUUUUUCCAUUCCAGUUCCUGCUGUUCCAGUUUUACAAGCCUCGAAGUCCCACAGUUCGGGUCCCAUUGGAAUUUCUGCUCUGUUCCUUAAAAGCAUCCUGAUCCUCCCCACCCCCAAAUAUUGCUGCUCUAACCUGCUUUCCCCCUCAGGCACAGGCAAGUGGGUUUCCGUCCAGGGCAGGGCUGGGGAGAAGAUGUGGGAAAUCUGAAGGGCUGAAAAGGUUCCCUUGGCUCUAGGCAGGCACAGAGGUGAGCGCUGGCCUGGCAACACAGGGAAAGAUGAGAUGGGGUGUCCAAGAGGCCUGGCUCAGCUUGCACUGGGUGUCCAGACUCCCUGCUGAUAUCUCAUUCCCUGCCCUCCUGUGAACCCCACCUCCCCAGUCCCCAACCCUUAAGAAAAAUAUCAAAGAUUCAAAAGAAAAUCCCCCAACCCCCAGGAAUGAGUUAAAAUUGGUUUCCCAAACUCCAGCAUAGACAGAGCAUGGUAUUUUGGUCUAAAUCCAAAGCUGCUCUCGAGAAUUCAACGUCUCAUGGAGCUCGUGAGCAUUCACAGGGCGAAGUGCAAAGCCAAGUGAGCCCCCAAGUGUGAUAGCGGGUAUGUCAGAGAGGGAAGGAGAGAGCAUGAGAGAGCGCGCAAGAGACAAGGAGGACGAGGGCUGGCGGGGAAGCUUUUUUCCAAGGAUACUGCUCAUGUCCAGCUCAAACCAGUACAAGAAACCAACCUCCAUUUUCUUUAUUUUGUGGUUUUUUUCAGACUGUUAAAAAGAAAAAAAUUUUAAAAACAGAAAAUUACAAAAAAAAUUCCUGGUACAUGAAAUAAAGAUUUUUUUUUAUAA